AUGCUGGCGAAGAAGAAGGCGGAGAGGCGGCAGGCGGUGGCGGCGGCGGAGCGCACAGGCGACGCGUUGCGGGGAAAGCGGCCGCGCGGCGAGACGCCGACAGUUGCGGAGGACCCCGCCGCCGUCCUGCGCGCCAUUGGCGAUCACGUCAACACACGACUGCAGGAGUUGGAGUUCGACGACGACCUCGACGCCGACUUGUUUGACGAACAGCAGCGGCAGCUGCGGGAGGAGGCGGCGCUGGCAGCAGGAACAAAAUCGCGUGUCUUGGCUCCACAGAUAGCUGCUUUCCUGCAGCAACAACAAGAACAAGAACAGACAACAUCUAAGAAGGAUAAGGGUGGUCGUGAUAUUAUUGACAGCGCUUCUUCAGUUGGUGUAAAAAUGGUGCGUGUAGGUCACAACAGCAACGCAGUAACGGCGGUAUGUAGUUUUGGCUCUAAUCUGGUGGUACUUGGCGAUAAGUCAGGUGCCGUUUAUGUGGCAGAGUUGAACUGCAGUUCAUCGCCUGGACAAGAGCAGCAGAAGCAGCAGAACUCUGUGACUUCACAGAAAUCGUUACUCAGUCCAUACUUACCUGCAGCAGUUCUUACCAUUGCAGUCUCCGAUACCCGUGGCAUACGUCCCUCUCAGCGCGCACUUUUUGAGCGUAGUACCGUUGACACAAGUGUUACGUCUUAUAUUGCUGCUGGUGCCGCAGAUGGUACCAUAAGUGUCUGGGUUACAUCUACACGAAAACAUAUGGGAUUUCUUACAAUGCACCAUGGCGCAGUGACUGGUUUGACAUUUCGUCAUGAUACACUUUAUAGCUGCAGUAACGAUGAGACACUGCGGGUGUGGUCGGUGCCACAGAUGAUCUGUGAAGAUAAACUAUUCGGUCACCAAGGUCGUAUUCUUGGCAUUCACUGCCUUAAGCGCGAACGCUGUGCAACUGUUGGCGAAGAUGGUGCAAUGCGCUACUGGAAGGUUGAUGCAGCUACGCAACAAGAAUUUGCCGCUAGCGUUCACUUUGGUGUGAAAGUUGUGCUUGAGUGUGUGGCCAUGAUGAAUGAUAACAUUGUUAUCUGUGGAGCGGCAAAUGGAGCGCUCCUCGUGUUUGAUGUGAACAGACGUAAGCCAAUCGCUGUGCGAGAGGCAGCACAUGGUUAUGGAUUUACAGGAGAUGGUACAGGACUAGAGAAGGUGGAAAUUGAAGAAAACCAGAAGGAAAAUGACGAACGACGAGAAGGAAAUGCACAUCAACAGCAAGAAAAGCAAGAGCAGAAACAUCGACGACAGAAUCCUAAUCCAAUCACAGCGGUGGCAGCGUUGCCGUACUCAGACGUGGCAGCCAGUGCAAGCUAUGAUGGUGUUGUGCGUAUUUGGCGUCUCACCACUCCAGAUGGAACCAAAAAGACGGAAAAAUCUACCAACGAUGCGGCAGGAAUAUCAUCCACAACAAAGUUUGAGUGUUUAGCGUCAAUUCCGGUAGAUGCUAUUGUUACUUCCUUGUACUUUUCUCUCACUAGUGACGUGCUUCUCAUCGGCUGUAGCAAGGAACCACGGUUGGGACGUUGGGUUGUGAAACGUAGUGCACUUAACGCUGCAUAUGUUGUCCCCCUUAAUGAAAACACAUUGCGUGAGUUUGCAACUUGCACAAGUGUGGAGCACAUCCCAGCGGAGUUGUAUGGUUUUAAUGAUGAUGAGGACGCUGAUGAACCCACAGAUUCUGUUCUUUCUGAUGCCGGUGCAGAUGCUACUGCCAACAGAAGUAUGGAAUCUAGCACCAGUAUUCAGAGUGAUGAUAUCUCAUUGCCCGAGAAUAGUAAUGAUGAUGAUGAUGAUGAUGCAGGUCUGUUUACUAUUGGUGAGGAUGGUCAAAUGCAGUUCAACGCCCCGCAGGAGGAGAAUGACUCUCAAGUGAAGAAAAAGAAGAAUAAAAAGUCCAAUAUAAAUAGCUCCACAGCUGGUAAAGGCAAGAAGGAACGUCCUUUGAAGGGUGCAAAAAAGAUCAAGACGUCUGAUAAAAAGCGUCAGGUGAAGAGUGAAGGGAUAGUGAAGAAAAAGAAGAAGAAGAACUAG